AUGGACUUCGCAUCCUCCACUCACAAGCGCGACUGGAUCUUCACUCGCGAGUCUCUGGAGGCCGCGCGCGCCUCCGUCCGCCAGCGGUCCCAGGAGUCGUACCAGGCCGCCGUGCAACAGGAGCGGGAGCUCGCGGCGUCCAGCGGGAAGCCCGACGCGGUGCCAGAGCCGCAAUUCCUGACCGACGACGACGAAUUCUCCCUGCGCGUCCUCCUCAGCAAACAGAUCCAGAAGUUCUGCCAGCAGCUCGCCCUCCCGCCCAAGGUCGCCAUGUCCGCGUGCGUCCUCUUCCACCGCUUCUACGCCCGCCGCUCCCUGUACGACUACCGCGGACCGGACCUCGCCUUCACGUGCAUGGUCGUCGCGUGCAAGGCCGAGGACUGCCCGGCCUUCAGCACCCACGAGAUCCCCUUCUCCCUCGAGCGCUUCGGCGACCGCCUCGGCGAGCUCAAGGUCAAGUGCCCACCGAAAAAGGAGCUGCUGCGACUGGAGCCCGCAGUGCUCGAGGCCGUGGGGUUCUCGCUCAUGGUCUACACGCCCGCGCACGCCGUCGCGGCGCUCGCGCACGAGGCCGCGCAGCUCGUGGCGCAGAAGGGGCCGGUGCGGGGUCCGGACGGGAAGGAGGUGUCAGGGGGGGAGUUAAGGAAGUUGCUGGAACAGGCCGCGCUGGGCGCCGCGCAGCAGUGCCUGGUGACGGACGCGCCGCUGCUGCACCCGCCAGGCACGAUCGCGCUCGCCGCGCUCCGCUCGGCCUUCCGCUCCACCAAGACCCCCGGGUUCGAGUCUGUCCUGGUGCACUUCGCGCGCGCGUCCGUCGAGAGCGGGGGGUGUCGCCACGGCGAGGCGCAGCCCAUGCAGGUGACGCCCGUGCUGCGGAACAGCGCGCCGCCGCCACAACCCAUGUCCGUCGACCACAACGACCCCCCCGGGGCCUCGGACACGCCGCGCGCCAGCGAGGACGAGGUGACGGCGGCGGCGCAGCGCCUCCGCGCGGCGAUAGACGCGAUCGACGCGCUCGUGGUGCGAGCGGUGGCGGUGCUUGGCCGCGGGGCCGACGCGAGGCCCACGGUGGAUGCCAAGCAGCUCAUGUCGAAGUACGCCCGGUGCCGCAAUCCGCUGUACGACCCGAGCAGCAAGGUGUACAAGCAGCGGCAGGCGAAGAUCAAGCAGGAGAAGCGCGCGCGGGAGAAGUCGAAGAUGGAUGCUGCGGCGGAGGCGCGACGGCGCAACGAGGACGCGCUGCUGGGGUUCGGGGACGGCAGCACCGCGGGGGCGAAGCGGCCGCGGCAGUGA